AUGGCAUCACCAGAACAACAUAAUCAUGAAAGAUCAGCCGGUGCAGAAUUUCGUUAUGUAGAUCGAACAGUACUAAUUCGUAAUGCAACUGAACGUUUUCGUUCUGAAAUGCUUAAUUAUGUAAGUAGUCGUCUUGAAGAAUUUUCAUCUGAAAUGAAACAAACAACUGAUAUAUCAUCAAUUGAUGGUAUUAUUAAACAACCUGUGAUGUCUGCAAUAGAUUUAACAGCAAUUAAUAAAAUUGAAAAUGAAUCAUCAUCAUCAAUAGGUCCACAAAAGGAUGAGAAUAAAAAAGUAUCAACAGCAUUUCCAAGAAAAAAUUUUCAAAUGCGUUCAUCAAUACUUACAGAAUUACUUGAAGUAUCACAUUUUCGAUCUAUUAGACAAAUAUUCAUAUCGAUUCUUGUUAUUGUUUUUCUACAAGUUGCUAUAACUGAUUUAUUUGAAUUGGGAACAAUUGAUUUUCGAUUUGAUGUAAUUCUUUGGAAUUUUUCAAAUUUAUCAGCAUGUUUUCGUCUUUGGCUUUGUUUAUUUAUAUCAAGUUGUAUAAUUCUUUAUUGUUGUUUUCAUUUUUGGGCAUAUAAACGUCUUUCAUUUAUUCCAAUUAUAUCAUCAUUGAAAGCAACGGAAAAUGCAAAUAAAAAACCGACUAGUCUAUUAAUAUUUGAUUCGACAUGGUUUGCUUUAUACUGUCUAUAUAUUGGAUUAUUUUUAUUUUUCCCAGUACAUUAUAUUCUUGCUGAGAAUUAUCCAAUUGUUACACGAAUUAUUAUUCUGAUAGAACAAGUUCGAUUUUUAAUGAAAUCACAUGCAUUUGUGAGAGAGAAUGCACCACGUGCUAUACUUUAUGGUCAGAUUUAUUCACAAAAAGAUCAAACUGAAAACACGACAGAAAAUAAAUCAAACAAUCAACAAGGAUAUUCUAUUCCUCAAUCACCAUGUCCAGAAUUUUCUAAAUAUAUUUAUUUUAUUUUUGCACCAACACUUAUCUAUCGUGAUUCAUAUCCUCGAACAUCAUCAAUACGAUGGAACUAUGUUAUAACUCAAUUAACACAAUUUGUUGCAUCAACAUUCUUUGGCUAUUAUUUAUUUUAUCGAUUUUGUUUACCAGUAUUUCGGUAUUUUAAAUCGGAACAUGUUACUGUAAAGAUUUUCGUUCUCUCAAUUCUUAAUUGUACUCUACCAGGAGCUCUUCUCUUAUUUUGUGCUUUCUAUGGUUUUCUUCAUUGUUGGCUUAAUGCAUUUGCUGAAAUGCUUCGUUUUGCUGAUCGACAAUUCUAUCUUGAUUGGUGGACAGCUACUUCAUGGAGUGCUUAUUAUCGAAAAUGGAAUAUUGUUGUUCAUGAUUGGCUUUAUACUUAUAUUUAUCGUGAUUGUCAUAAAUUAUUUGGUGUUAAAUAUCGUUUGGUAUCAAUGUAUGCGGUUAUAUUUUUAAGUGCAUGUGUUCAUGAAUAUAUACUUGCAUUGUCAUUUGGUUAUUUUUAUCCAGUAUUAUUUUUACAAUUUGCUAUUUUGGGAUUUAUUGCAAUGCUUAUUCUACCACAACGUUCACCAAAUAUUGCUUUUAAUAUUUUUAUAUGGACGUCCUUAUUCGUUGGACUUGGAAUGCAAAUGUGUUUAUAUUCAAUUGAAUGGUAUGCUCGACAAAAUUGUCCUCGAGUAGUAAAUGGUCCAUUGGAUUAUUUUAUACCACGAUCAUUUUUUUGUCAUGAUGGAAAUGAUACAUUAACAAUAAAUACUAAAUCUUCGAUAACAAAUAGUCAUUUUGAUAUAUAA